GUGUAGUUCCAGUAACUUCUCAAAACUCGCGGGAUGCUGAGAAUUAGUAGAAACUAUUUUACAGUACCUCCAUUGGUAGAUAGACGUCACGAUUUCUUCUUUUUCGAAAAUCUGCUCAAUUCUUGAUAUAUUAAAAAACGACAUGUUAUUACCUAACUUCAUUCGAUUUGUCAAACCGACUCAAAAACCGCUUUUUUCAUUCACUUUCUUGCUGUCAUUGAGGAACAACCCAAAAUUGUUUAUAACCAGUUCAAUAAAAAUGAAUCGACCAAAAGUUUUGAUUACUAGACCAGAUAUACCGGUUGCAGGAUUAAAUUUAUUACAAGAACAAUGUGACAUUAUCCUCUGGGAAAAACCAGAACCAAUACCAAGAUCUGUAUUAUUAUCAAAAGUACAAAAUGUUGAUGGAGUUUAUUGUUUACUAACAGACAAAAUAGAUGAUGAAGUCUUAAAUGCUGCAGGACCACUAUUAAAAGUAGUUGGUACUAUGUCAGUUGGAGUUGACCACUUGGAUUUGAAAGCUUUAAAAGAUAGGAACAUCAAAGUAGGUUAUACACCUGGAAUUUUAACAGAUGCAACAGCUGAACUGACUAUAGGAUUAUUAUUAGCUACAUCUAGGCGACUAGUGGAAGCAAACAGAGCUAUUUACAAGGGAGAAUGGAAAGCAUGGUCACCUACUUGGAUGUGCGGCCCUGGUUUAUCUGGUUCUACAGUUGGAAUAGUAGGCCUAGGUCGUAUUGGUAUUCAAGUGGCUAAAAUCCUCAAAGGUUUUAACAUUGCAAAAAUAUUAUAUACAAGUAGAACUGUUAAACAAGAAGCAUCUGAAUUUGGAGGAGAAAAAGUAAAACUUGAUGAACUAUUACAAGAAAGUGACUUUGUUAUUGCGACAACAGCCUUAGCACCAGAAACAAGACAAAUGUUCAAUGAGGAUACAUUUAAAAAGAUGAAAAGAUCUGGUAUAUUCAUUAACGUUAGUAGGGGAGAAGUUGUUGAUCAGGUUGCUUUAAUAGAAGCUCUAAAAAAGGGAACAAUUAGAGCAGCUGGAUUAGACGUUAUGACUCCAGAACCCAUUCCAUUAGAUAGCGAAUUAUUAAAAUUGGAUAAUUGUGUGGUAUUACCUCAUAUUGGUAGUGCUGCUACAGAAACACGGGAAGAGAUGUCGAGGAUUACUGCAAAAAACAUUUUAGCAGUUCUGAAAGGAACACCAAACGAAAUGCCCAGUCCACUUCAAAUAUAAACAUUGUAAAAUAUUGAAACUAUAUGUAUAAGUCGUAUAUCCAGUACAUUUAUUAAUAUUUUGUACUUACAUGCACAUAUGUAUAAAUUGAUGGAUAUACUUUAAAACAUUUAUACAACGUUUGAGGAAUAUAUUAGAUUAUAUUGUUACUAACAUUU